GCCCAGGAGACGCUGUGACUCAAACAUUCCCACCGAUGUCGGCAUCGAAACGGCAACAACAAAGUUGAGAGUGGGAAGAAAACUCAGCUCAUGGCCAACACCACAACCUGAAGACGCUCCUCCGAUUAAACCUCAUCAUGGAUGUACUGAAAUCAGCCAGAAGGGCUUUUAUUCGCAGUCCCAGCCAGUCCUGGAGCUCAGGCAAACACCAAAAGCUCCCUGAGAACUGGACCGACACGAGAGAGACUCUGAUGGAGGGCAUGACCUUUAACCUUCGGCACCUGGGAAUGACUCUGGUGGAUCAGCCCAAAGGCGAGGAGCUCUCUGCAGCUGCUGUCAAAAGGAUUGUUGCCACGGCCAAAGCCUGUGGAAAGAAACUGCCUAAAGUGGCCCUGAAAGUGUCUCCUCAGGGAAUCAUUGUGUGCGACAGUGUGUCCAACCAGCAGAUUGAGAACAUUUCCAUAUACCGGAUCUCAUAUUGCUCAGCUGACAAGAUCCAUGCCAAAGUGUUUGCUUUCAUCGCCCAGAACCAACAGAACGAGGCGCUGGAGUGCCACGCAUUCCUCUGCGCCAAACGGAAAGUGGCCCAGGCUGUCACACUCACGGUGGCUCAGGCCUUUAGAGUGGCCUUCGAGUUCUGGGAAGUUGCCAAAGAAGAGAGAGAGCAGCAAGAGACAUCCAACAGCACGGAGUCUAAGAGAUCAGUCAGUCUGACCAGCCUAAAAGGAGCUGAAGCUACAGAGAGCCUGUUGGACAUUGAUGUUAUCGUGGAAAACGUGAACAACCACACUGAACCCAACAAUAACAACCCCACAGUAUGGGAGAUGGAUGAUGGUCUGGAAGAAGCUUUUUCAAGCUGCAGUCUGGAUAGCUAUGAGUACUCUCCAGGCUCGCCGUGUCUCGUACUAACCCCCAGGUCCUGGACAUUGGGGUGACGCCUCAGGAUUGGAGCUCUGAUUCCGACUGGGACAAGACCAAUGGAAACUCACCAAACAACGAUGAUGUCGUUCGCCUUUGAGCACAGACAGGUUUGUGUGGAUGAAGUAAUCCCAAGAACAUGAUGCAGACGACUGUUGUGGCGCACAGUGUUCAGUCAAGAGAGUGGCUGACAGUUCCUUCUCACUCCAAACAUCUGGUCCAACAUCUUUCUCACCAAAGCAAUAAUAGAUGAGUCUAUUUUUUCAAAAGUGAUAUGUUAUGAGUUUACAUGCUUAAUUUUUAUCAAUCAAUUUGUAUAAAGAAUAACGUGUAGACACCAGAGUCAGUAUUGUUUUCAUAUAUGAAAAGAAAUGAGUUUAUCAAAUAAAAUGUGACAUUCUGUAUAUUAAUAUACUGUAGAGUUACUAUUUUGAUGGACUAACCCUGGAGUACAGCUGAUAUCUUUAGCCUCUUAUAAAGACUAAGUCAUAUUUCAUUGGUAUUUACAUUUAUUUAAUCAGAAUUGUACCGUUUCGUGUCAUAACGCACCAAGGGGCCAUUUAAUAUGUAUUUAAAAACUCUAAUAAAUCUGUUUAUAUUAUGUGAGAAUUUGCGUUGAUCAAUUCUUUUUUAUCAUAUGCACAGUGGGGUACAAAAGUCAACAUAGAAAAGUUUUAGUAUUUUGAAGAAGCGAUUUAUGUUGAAGCAAAGUUUGCACUAUUUUCAUCUCACUAAUCAAAUAUAAGCAAAUUGUUAUUGUGACAUUUCCAUGUUAAAUUCCUUGUUACAUAUGGUCUGCUGGGAUAACUUGGAUCAUCAGACUUUAUGCAAAUCUGUGAAGUGCAUGUUGUCAUUAAAGGGUAACUAAACACCUGCUCAGAGUCUGACUUCACCCACUAGAAAUAUUUGAAAAUGCGGAAAAGUGGGCAGACCCCGGCGGGGAUAGAGGGAACGAACCGAGUGCGGGGCUGAGCGGGGGGCACCUGAGACUCGUAGUGACGGAUUAAUUGACAGCUGCUGUCAGACUCUAUGUUAUUAUUAUUCCUCACACGGUCGCAAGACGACAUGUAACAUGAAUCUGGCGUGGUGAGUUGGAACCUGCUUACGUCAGCUGUCACCGCUUAUGUCACGAAGUACCGCAACAGCCAAUAGGAAAAUUCAACUGCAGUAGCCACCGUUCAACCUGAAGAGGGCAGCACUCAGACGUUUUUACACCAUAUAUUGUAGAAUUAAAACACUUUAUACACAAAUGUCAAAAAAAUUACUUGAAUCAAUGACCAGUACUAAUAAAGCCCCAUGCUUACAGAUCAUUAACUAAAAAAAGUUGGUUUAGGGUUUAGUUACCCUUUAAAGCAAAGGGGGGAUGUACCAAACACUACAAUAUUUAAUUUGUCAAAUGUUU